AUGUUGAGGACGGACGACGAGCCCUUCCUGCACAACCCCGGAUACAUGGACUGCAUGUCGAUCUACGGCCACCGCGAGUGGAAGAGCGGCUUGUGGAUCCCGGAGGGCGGCGACUGCCCCACGUGCACACCUUUCUGCGGUUGCAGGUGGUGUGGUGCGGAGGAGGGGUGCGUUUCGGAUGCGACGGCAACGGAUGCGAAUAUCUAUUUCUCGGUGCCUGCCUUUGUCGUGUUGUUCCGGGAGAGCCUCGAGGUCGUUUUGGUCUUGGUCAUCAUUUUGCAGUUCCUCCAGAAGAGCCAAGCGAAUGGGACCAUCUCGACCGCGCAGCACACAACUUUCCGGCGUGAGGUGUAUGUUGGAGCCAGCAUUGGUUUCCUUGCUUGCGUUGCGUUCGGUGUAGGCAUACUUGCUCUGAUCUCGUUUGCCCUCAAGGACGUCAAAGGCGAGACUCACUUGAUAUUGGAAGCCGCUCUGAUGCUGAUCACGUCGUGCAUCCUCAGCUUCAUGGCAGUGAACUUCUACAAGAUGAUGUACGCCAAGGAAGCUCACGAAAGAAAGUUGGCUAAGAUCAUGGAGCAGACGCUGGAAGCUAGCACCGCUGCACAGGAUGAAGCUGGACAAACGAACGCUUCCUUCGCCAAAAAGCACACGUUCUUCAUGUUUGCAUUCAUGACCGGGUUGCGUGAAGGCUUGGAGUCGAUCCUCUUCUUAUCCGCCAUCGUGGUUGACGCGAAGGACCUGUCCUCGCUCCCGAUCCCCAUCAUCAGUGCGAUCAUCCUGGCCCGGAUCGUGGGCUGGUUCUUCUUCACAGGGACAAAGAGGAUGCCCGUGGCUGUGUUCAUGAAGUUCUCUGCGGUACUCCUGCUAUUCAUUGCGGCCGGAUUCUUCUCCAUGUCCACGCACAAUCUCCAGGAGCUCGGCGUGUUCGGGACGUGGACCCCGAGAGAGGAGCGCCCGUGGCAGAACUCGAGGGUGUUCGAUGCCAGGGCGUGUUGCGACGACAUGGGGAACAAGUUCUGGGUGCUCAUGCGGGCCAUGUUCGGCUGGCAGGAUCCCAGUGGUCCGCUGAGGGGGGGGCACGGCUAA